GUUUGACAGUCACACAGGACACGCCCUUGCAGCCCGAUUCAUUCUCUAGGUUGGCGGAUAUAUAAUGUCGCUGUGAAGAAGCAAAGGCUUUUACAGCAGCAUCCGCAGCACUUACGGAACAUCUCGUCAUGACGCACGCUUUCGCCGCUCCGCCGAACUUCUCGUGGGUCGAACCUCGCCAACUCGCCGGACUGGCCUGUCCUUCAGAAACCCAGCAUUAUAAGUUCCUGGUGGAGAAUGGCAUCAGACACCUGGUGUGCUUGUUAGAAUCCAAACCACCGAGGCACGACAGCUGUCCAGAGCUCCUCCUGCAUCACAUCAGCAUAGUGGACUUCACUCCGCCGAGUCUGCCUCAGAUCCUGAGGUUCCUGAGCAUCGUGGAGGAAGCCAGUGCUAAAGGGGAGGCCGUUGCGGUUCACUGCAUGCAUGGUCAUGGCAGGACGGGGACCAUGCUGGCCUGCUACCUGGUGAAAACAAGGAACAUCUCAGGUCUGGAAGCCAUCAAAGAAAUCCGACGCCUUCGAAAAGGGUCCAUUGAGACAAAAGAGCAGGAGAAAGCAGUGAUAGAGUUUCAUAAAUAUAUUCAAAACUGUUCUCAAAACUGUUGUCAAAAACAUUAAGUUUUUUUUUUUUACUUGUAUUUAAAAGUCCAGUUAAUAUUAAACAAUAUGUAUAUUGGGUCAAAAAUGCUUAUGUUUGUAUUCAGAUCAACAAACUUCUCAAAAAAUGCAUUAAAAAUAAAAUGAAUCGACAAUGA